CCUAGCUCUCCGGACGCCGCAGAGCACAAGCGCCACAAUAGGAGCAUACCUGAGCACCUGGAUGCAGCGCUUUGCUGCCCUCGCGGCUGCCGUGCCCUUGGCCUACGCCCUGCGCCCGGCCGCCGCGCGCUCCAAGCCCCUGACCAAGCGCCACCUCGGCACGCUCAUGGAUUUGUUGGGAGGCGGCGGCGGCGAACUCAUCGCGCCGGAAAAGGCCCUGCCCGGUCGCAAGGAAGCGAUGCCGAACAUUGAGGGUAGCAAGCACUUUGUGCUCGGCACGGACCAGGUGAAGGUCCCGGACGGUGCAUAAAUCAAAUUGUCGCGGCGCGUCUCCACGCCAUCGACGCGACGUGCACCGCCGACUCACUUGUUGAUUUGCGCACAGGUCCCGGAGGGCCACAAGGUCGCCGUCUUCGCGAACGGCUGCUUCUGGGGCAGCGAGAAGGGCAUCUGGCGCUUCCCGUAUGGUAUCUAUUCGACCGCAGUAGGCUACUGCGCGGGGUUUACGCCGAACCCGACCUACAACGAGGCGUGCAGCGGCAUGACGGGCCACACCGAGGGUGUGCGGGUGGUCUACGAUCCCGAGCAGAUUUCGUUUGCGGACAUUUUGAGGUGGUUCUGGGAGGCCCACGACCCGACGAGUGGCAUGGGCCAGGGUAAUGAUAGAGGCACGCAGUACCGCUCUGGUUUUUAUUACUUUGACGACGACCAGAAGCGGUUGAUCGAAGCCUCGAAGGAGUUCUACGAGAAAAAAUUAGGAAGACCCAUCACGACGGAGGUCGCCGCGGCCAGUGACUACGACCAGUACGGCGGCGUGUGGUACUUCGCGGAGCAGUACCACCAGCAAUAUUUAGCGAAGCCGGGCGCGCGGCCGUACUGCUCCGCGCAGCCCCAGGGUAUUGAUCUGGCGCCGUUCGCGGAGUGGUGCCCCGCGGAUUUACAAGAAAAGUACGCGCCCAAAUUGCCGGACGUCUUCUGGGACCGCGAGAAGCCGCGGCGCGGCUGCUCUGUGGUCAACUCGCCGAACGAGCCCGUCGUGCUCUAGGGUGAUGCGUAGUGAGUACUUGCUAGAUUACUAGUCGUCUUCAUUUGAUAGAGAGGUGAUAGAGAGAGAGG